ACGCUAUAUGUAGUAAUAAUACAUGUGUAUGCAACGAAAAUGUUUCUCAUUACGUGGAGAGUGAACUGUUUUGCUGGGGAAACACGGGAAUCAACGAAACUUGUAAUCAAGACCGAGAUUGUUACGUGAAAGAUUUCAAAGGCAAUUUAACAUGUCACGCUACAUGCGGCUGUCCCGAUGGCACACGCUUAAGCAAGGAUGAAAUGAGUUGUGUAGGAUCAGCAGAACUUGGAGAAGCUUGCGAAAUAGACAGUGAUUGUUAUGUCCCGUCUUCCGUUUGUAAGAAACAAGUGUGCACAUGUGCCAAGAACUAUUAUGAAUCACAUGAGCUUUGUUUGCCAGGUAUCAAUGCUGAUUGCACGGGUAACGAAGGUUGCUCACCGAAUAAUUCCGUGUGUAUUUCGAAGAAAUGUUAUUGCGAGCCGAAUUAUGUGGCUGCGUCUAUUGAUUCAUGUAUACCAGUAUCACUGUUCGGCGAGCCGUGUUUACUGGAUAUUCAAUGUUCUGCCACUGCAACGGACGCAAUUUGUGCGUCUGAGAACAGAAAUGACACCGCGGUCACAACGGAAUCGUCGACAGAAUCGUCGACAGAAUCGUCGAUAAAAUCGACGACAGAAUCGACGACAGCAGAAGACAAAAUUUGUACUUGUAGUACAGAGGACUACUACAGAUUCGGAAGGUGUUUUAAGAAAAAAUGUAAGACAAGAAUAAUCUGA